CUUCUCCCCAAAUAAAAAAAGGAAAACAAAAUCCAAAUGGGUUCGCUUCCCCAUAUAGUAGAGGACUGCCUAGGCGUCCUCCAACUCUACAGCGACGGCUCCGUCUGCCGCUCCGCCCACAUAGACUUCCCCAUCGCCGCCGUCGACGACGGCUCCGUCCCCUGGAAAGACUCCCUCUACGACGAAACCCACCACCUCCACCUCCGCCUCUACAAACCCGCGGCGCCGCCCGCUAAAUUACUCCCCGUUCUCUACUUCAUCCACGGCGGCGGCUUCUGCCUCGGCUCCCGCACCUGGCCCAACUGCCACACCUGCUGCCUCCGCCUCGCGGCCGAGCUCGGAGCCCUCGUCGUGGCGCCGGACUACCGCCUGGCGCCGGAGCACCGCCUCCCGGCCGCCGUGGAGGACGUCCUCCGGGCGGUGCAGUGGCUGCAGGCUCAGGCCGUGGCCGAGAGUGGUGACGCUUGGGUGAGGGAGGAGGCUGACUUUGACCGGGUUUUUAUAAUGGGGGACUCGUCCGGGGGUAACAUCGCGCACCAGCUGGCGGUUCGAAUCGGGUCCGGUUCGGUGGAGCUGAGCCCGGUUCGGGUGAGGGGGUUCGUGCUGCUGGCACCGUUUUUUGGGGGUAGCCUGAGGACGAGGUCCGAGGAGGGUCCUCCGGAAUCCUAUUUGAGUUUGGAGCUACUUGACAGGUUUUGGAGGUUAUGUUUACCCAUUGGGGAUACCAUGGACCAUCCGCUGGUGAAUCCAUUUGGGCCUGCUAGUCCGAACCUUAAAUCAGUGCGACUUGAUCCAAUCCUAGCAGUGGUGGGAGGCGAAGAACUGAUGAAAGAUAGAGUAGAGGAUUAUGCGAGGAGGUUGAAAGAGCUUGGGAAGAAGAUCCAGUAUGUUGAGUUUGGAGGAAAACAACAUGGUUUCCUUAUGAAUGAUCCAUUCUCAAAAGAGGCGAAGGAACUGUUGCAAGUUAUUAAAAAAUUUAUGCGUCGCCUUACUCACAUAGAGCAGUAUAGGGCUAGCUCAUCUCGAAGUGUUGAUCCCAUGGAUACCAACUCUGCCCCUUGUAGUGAUGAUUUAUCUAAUGAAGAUUCUAAAGAAGGAAGUGAAGAGGGCACUGAAGAAGGUGAUAAAAUAGUUGAUGAAGCUGCUAAUGAUGAAAAUACUUCUGAUGAUGAUUGA